AUGGACAAGUCUAAGUCACUGCGGGAGGGAUUCUUGGUCAAACGGGGCCAUCUUGUGCACAAUUGGAAGGCACGCUGGUUCAUAUUGAUGCCUGAAAAACUGCUGUAUUAUAAAUAUGAAGGAGGCAGACGGGACUCGAGUCAAAGAGGGAAAAUACUUUUAAGCGGUUGUGAGGUCACGUGUCCAUUUCUCGACUACGAAAAUCGACCUUUGGUGAUGAAGAUUGUGACCAAGUCUGGUGUGGAGCACUUUUUGGAGGCGUGUUCGAGGGAGGAGAGGGACAUGUGGGCUGGAGACAUUCUCUCUGCUGUGGAGAGUCUGAAGAACAGUGGGGAUGUGGACACCGUCCCGGAUCCAGAAGAGGCAAAAACGCAACAUUUUGAUCUGAGUAAAAUACUGGACUCCAUGUACGAUGUCCACAGUGGAAUAAACAUGAGCUGUCACAUGGAGCAGGGAAAAAACUUCAAGAACUGCUUCUCAGGCUCGGCGGUGGUGGACUGGCUGGUGUGCAUGCAGUUCUCCCUGUCCCGUGUGGAGGCGGUGACCUUGGCCUCUGCUCUGCUGGAGGAGGGCUAUCUGCGCACGGUGGGUCUGCGGAGCUGUGAGGCGUUCAGGACAGCUGGACCCAGCCAGCAGCUCAUCGACGACUCCACCGCUCUCUACAGCUUUUCUGACAGCCUGAAGAAGCGCGGCAGUGUGAAAUCAGAGACUUCUCUGUCUGCAGUGGAACUCAGCGGGAAAGUGGUGAAGCGAGGAUAUCUGCUCAAACAGGGGCACAGAAGGAAAAACUGGAAAGUCAGACUGUUCGUGUUACGCUCAGACCCCGCCUUCGUCCACUAUUACGACCCCACAAAGGAUGACAUCAGCCCCGUUGGAGGAUUCUCUCUCAGAGGCUGUUUGGUGUCUGCACUGGAAGACAAUGGGGUGCCCUCAGGCGUUAAAGGAAACAUUCAAGGAAACCUGUUUAAAAUCAUCACUCAGUCGGACACACGUUACUUCAUGCAAGCUCCGACGCAUCAGGAGAAGAUGGACUGGAUCGAAGCCAUCAGGAAACAAACAUGA